UGUAAAGUUCACUCUGAGUUUAAACACACCUGUGCAGGAAAAGUUUGUUUAGCAUGACUGGACCUUGUUAUAUAAAUUUAAAUGUUAUGUCAUGUGUAGUUCUAUAAUUUGACUUGUGUUAACGAAGUCAGUAGAAUAUAAAAUAGUUAUCAAAGGUACCAGAAAACCUCGAAAAGCUGAUCUAAAAACGUGCACCCUGAUAACUGGGAAGAGUAUAAACUGGUAUAAAAUGGACUGGAAAGAUUGCUGGGAAAAGGGCAAUAUGCCCUGGCAUAUAGAAGAUGUACAUCCAAAAUUUCUAUUACAUGUAGACAAGAUUACGGAAAAGAAGAAUAACGCUAAAAUAUUUUUUCCUUUAUGCGGCAAGGCUGUUGAAAUGUUUUAUCUAGCAAAGAAGGGCCACACUAUCGUAGGCGUUGAAUACAUGGAAAUAGCUGUCAAGCAGUUCUUUGAUGAAAAUAAGCUUUCAUAUGAAACAAAACCUGUACCGGAAAUAGAUGGCGAUGUGUAUGAAAACGAGGCAAACAAUAUAAAGAUUUAUUGUGGAGAUUACUUCAAAUUUAGUCAAACAUUAGAAACCAAUUUUGAUGGUGUUUGGGACCGCGGAGCUCUUGAAGCUGUACUUAUCGACCAGCGAGGGAAAUAUACAGACGUGAUGAAAGCUGUCAUGAAACGAGGAGCUCCAUGUGUUACAGAAGUCCCCGACCGACCGGAAGGAGAAGGACCGCCAUUUAAUCUAAAUCCCGAUGAAAUAACCCAUCUCUACGACUUAAAAACACCUCCAGAAAAAGUUGAUUACGAUCCAGCUAGCGAAAGUCUAAAAUCAAUGAAUGUAGAUGGAAUGUUUUAUUAUUAUUACAAAAUAAAUUCAUGAUAAAAAAAUAUGAUCAUAUUUUA